AUGCAUUCCUCAAGGGCCAGGUUCAUGGCUCCCUACGGCCUCAAGACCCUGCUGGGGGGGUUGAGCAGAGCUGCCUUCAGCGCCAACCCCAACAACAUCCCUGGCUUUGCGGCGCUCUACUUCCAGGAGCUUGUCGCCUUCCGCGAAGGGAAUCCCGAUCUGGAUUUAACGGAGCUGGUUGAAGAAUUUCGUUUUGUUAUUGAAGGCUGGAAUGAGAGGCUGCCUCAAAGCCUGAAUGCACAAGACGCUUCAGUUCUCGGGGAGCCCAAGCAAAAGGAGAAGUGCACUGACACAGAGGAGGACCAGCUCCUUCAGAGCCCUGACACUGAAUGCACCUCCAAGAUGACUCAAUACCCAUCGACUCAUGACGACGUUGUAGGAAACAAAUCUCCCACCGGACCUGACGAAGCUUCAUCCCCCAAGGCACCGGAACUCGCAUACGUGCCCGCUGACCCUGCCCAGCUUGCUACCCAGAUGCUAGCCAUGGCAGCCAGCGAAGCGGGACAGCCACCACCCCAUUCUAAUGUGUGGACCCUCUAUUGCCUAACUGACUUGAGCCAAGGUCAAAAAUCACCGCCAUCCCUUCCUCCUCCUCCUGGGACUGGCCUUGCUUAUCCCCAACAGCAGUUCCUGCAGCCAGUGCCACUACAAGCUCCACCACCACAACUGUCCUCUCCAGCUUAUGUGAUGCCGGAAGAGAGCAAGAGGGGCAACGCUCCACCUUUCAUUUUAGUGGGCUCCACCGUGCAGAGCUCCCAGGACUGGAAUCCUGUUCCUGGCCCGGCCGUGCUGGCACAGCCGGACACCGGCGCCAGGCGGUUCACGACAAUCCCAGUGCCGGUUGCCAGGCCGGCUGAGCAGCAGGCGGCGGCGGCGCCCGGGGCCGGGGCUGGUGCCACGCAAGAGGUGGCGAGGCCGCCCACGCCGCUUUACCUCUCGGUUGCCAUCCCUCUGGAUGACGUUGUGUCCGCAAGGAAGGGCGCCCCUGCGGCUGAUAAGGCAGCAGCCGGGCCCGCCUUUGCGGGGAGCUAUGGCAUUGCGGGACAGAUCACGGUCACCUCGAGCUCAGUGCACCAGGCAGGGUCAUGA